GGAGAAGUGAGCAGUUACUUGGUCCGGGUCAGUGGCAGAUGCAACUUUUAAUCGAGCUGAGCGGAAUUAAACUACAAUUUUAACCCUGGCUGGGCUGUUUGUUUGGACUUGUUUCUUAGGCUUUGCAUUGUUUAAUUCUCAACCCCUCACCUCGAGUCUGCUCGGGGGUUCGAACCCAUCGCCCUGCCUCUCACUUUCUCAUGGCUGAGUUAAUAGAGCUGCGGAAUCUGAGAGACUCUAAGCGGUCUGACGGGGCUCCCAGCUCGGGCAGUUACAAGUCGGCGUGCCGCUCCCCGGGUCUGGAGAGGACGAACGCCAUGAGGAUCAGCCCGAGGGUGCGGGCGGCCAGCGGUCAGGACCGCGGCAAGAGCGGCAGGGAGACGGGGAAGAAGCGCCUUUUGCUGGUGGACCAGGACCCGAGGCUGACCGAGACUGCGGGGGAAGGACAUGACUUUAGCCCCUGUACCCAGACCCAGCCCAGCUGGUGCGAUCUGUGCGGGGACUUCAUCUGGGGGUUGUACAAGCAGAGUCUACAGUGUGCAAACUGCAAGUUCCGUUGCCACUACCGCUGCCGACCUCUGAUCCAGCUCGACUGCAACCGGCCAAAGAUCAAAACGUUGAACCUUGUGGACGGCGCAGAACAGCCACUCGAACAGGACACCAAUGUGAUGACGUGGACCAGCACUAGCAGCAGUGGUUACUGCAGCCAGGAGGAGGACUCGGAAUUCGAGCAGUUCUUCACAGCCAGGACCUCGUUCAUUAAGAAACCCAGGAAGUACAAGGAUGAAUACAUUAAUUGGGAGAAACAGGUCCUUACACGUGAUGAAAUCGAAUCCAAGAUUAAAGAGUACAACUCACAGAUCAAUAGUGAUCUCGUCAUGACCCUGAACAGUGAUGGCACGUACACCGGGUUCAUAAAGGUGCAGCUGAAGUUGGUAAGACCAAUCUCUGUCUCUGCAAACACGAAGCCUCAGUCAAUUUACGACACCAAGAAGGCAGCAACGCCAGCACGGCCGCAGUCGAUAAAGCGGCGCACGUCCUUCUACCUCCCGAAGGACACCGUAAAGCACUUGCACAUCAGCAGCCACACAAAGGCCAGCGAGGUGAUCAAAGCACUGCUCAACAAGUUCAUGGUGGUGGAUAAUCCCCGCAAGUUUGCCCUGUUUGAACGGAUUGAGAAAGACGAUCAAGUUUAUACUCGGAAACUUUCUGACGAUGAACACCCCUUGUACCUGAGGCUGCUGGCUGGGCCGGAUGAGAAGAUGUUAAGUCUCGUCCUGAAAGAGAAUGAAACAGGGGAAGUGAAUUGGGAUGCCUUCACUGUACCAGAGCUGCAGAACUUCCUGCGAAUCCUACAGCGGGAGGAGGAGGAGCACGUCAGGCAGAUGUUCGGAAAGUACGCCCGUUGCCGGCAGAAGAUGCAAGAGGAGCUUGCCAACCGCUCCCCUGGUUGACCAGAAUGCCUCGCCAUCAAGUGACAAGAGAGAAAGCGAGAGAGAGAGAGAGAGAGAGAGAGCGAGAGAAUGAGAGGGGGGAAAUAAAAAUCUUGUGCACGCGCUCACAUAUAUGAACGGUGAAGUUCUUGAAUCAGUGUUACCUGGUUUGGCCAGGAGCAAAGUACAAACUGUGGAGAAUACAAGUUGUUUUGAGUGAGUUACUAUGAGCUGGGUGGGAUAUUGUGUGGUAUAGAAGAUCUGCCUGACAUUAGUAAGUGUGACUGAGUUCUUUACUUGAUGCUGAACUGAACAGUUGCAAGCUGUUUGUGGGAAGUCUCUGCCCAAGGAAGGAAAUCUCUUCACCCUGCUACCUUGAGCAGCUUCCUGCUUUACUAGGAGGUGACCAUGCAGAUGAAGGUACAGAGUUUCAUGAUUUCCUCACAUAAUCUGAGCAGUUCAUUCACCAUUGCUUGUAUGAUGGGGGCAGCGGUCCUGUAGCAAUUUCCUUUGGUUGCUUACACUGCAUUCUCAUCCACCACACAAGCACUGAUAUCUAUUGAAGUGUAAAAAAAAUCUGUGUUAUGUAGAUAAUAACAACAAAGGAAUUUCAUUCUGGUAUUGAUGGGAUUUCCCAUGGAUGAGAAUUUUUAGCUCAGUCUGACUCUAGGAUCAGGGCUAAAGUUGGUGAACAAAACCUUAGGAGCUUAAAUGAGCAGGAAGAGAACAUAAGGUCUUCAAAUCCUCCCUAACUCCAAACUUGUUCAGCACAUCAAUCCUCUCACACCAAUGCCAGCUGAAAGCAAGAUGGUAGAGUCAGGGUGACUCAUUGUUUCUGUCAGAAUGUAGUAUGUAUUCCUUUAAUUUAUUUUAUUUUAGCGAUGCAGCAUGGUAACAAGCCCUUUAACCCAACAAGCCCAUGCUAGCCAAUUACACCCAUGGGACCAAUAAACCUACUAACCCUUACAUCUUUUGAAUGUGAGUGGAAACAGGAGCACCCAGAGGAAACCCUCAAGGUCAUGGGGAGAACAUCCAAACUCCUUACAGACAGUGGCUGGAGUUGAACACGGGUCGCUUGAAAAAGAGAAAUGAGAUGUAAGGAGUUCAGUUGUAUUUAGGCUAUCAGGGUACAGUAUGGGCUUGGCUCAGUGAGGGGAUGCAGUUUAGAAUGGGGGCAGAGGGGAAAACAACUGGUAUGGUGUGGGUGAUGUGAAUGGAAUGGUUACAUUGGCUUGGGUGAGGUGAUUGAGUAGCCAGCUUAGUUCAGUGUAAUGUGUGUGAGCAUCAGUUUGGUGUGUAUUUGGCAAGUUUGGGGACCAGCUCAAUGUCAAGGCAGUAAGUCUGAAGUGGGAGGGGGAGUGGGACAUGAAAGGUUUGGAGCAUUGGCAUUAAGCGGUGUUCAGCAGGCAAAGUUGCACGUGUGAGAAAUUAGUGGUGAUUCUUGAUUAUUUUAGGCUAAGGGCAAUUUAUUUUUGGGGUAAUCACUCAGUAAACAGUCAUCAUAAUUCAAAGCUGCAAUUCACUAGCAGAAUGCAAACCUGGAUACAUCUUGAUGCUAAAUUCACCAGUGGGCAGGUGUACAUUUGUUAUGUGUAUCUUGUUAGCAAUAAUUUUAAGUCACAAUUAUUUGCACAAAUGUCUCUUGGAACAGAAAUCCAUUUCCAAUGGCUGUUGGUGAAUUCUGAGCCUUGUGCAUUAUGGGGUUUCAGGUUUAGACCCUGGUGUGAGUUGAUUUGGCUCAGGAAUCAAAAUAAAAUUCAUUUUAAAAAAAGCUACAGAUGCUGGAAAUCUCAGAUAGUUGGAACCACUUAGCAGGUCAGGUAGUAUCUGUGCAAAAGUUAUUUUCAGGUCAAAGAUCCUUCUUCAGAAUUGGAAAAGAGAAAACAAAUCAGUAUUUUUCCCCCACAGUUCUGAUGAAGGGUCUUUCACCUGAACGUGUUUUCCUCACUGCAGAUGUGGCCUGAUUUGCUGAAUGUUCCAGUGCUCCUGACUGCAGGCUGUAAAUUCCUUUUUGAACUAAAGGCGAGGACAGGUUCAGAAUUCUCUGUGAUGGUCACUCUGGUUUGAUAGACUGUCAGCUUAGGACUGGUACUGUUCCCCAGGAGGAGAGGCAUGAUAUUGUGGGCCUGCUUCUGCUCACACAGCUCUGUGAAUCCAUUGAAAAGCAGAAACUGACUUUGUGAAUAGUGGUAGGGUACAACCAGCAGUCUAAGAGGAACGGGCUAUGAUCUGAACUGAACUAGUCCACCUGACUAAAGAAGUUUAUAAAUUAUGUUGUAUUUUAAGUUUUAUUCAAUAAAAAUGUGAACUGA